AACAAUAAUAAAAGAAAAAAGAGAGCAACGGUAGGGAGACGCUGUAGUGUUGUGUGUAUUGCAGAGGAAAUGGGGAAAAAGCUCAUCCAAUCACCUGCAAAUGCGUAAACAGUUGAACCUUAAUAAUGGCAUUGGCUUAUGCGAACAAUCCAAUACCGAGCUUUCCUUGUUGUCAUUCCUGUCCAAAUUCUCACAAACUCUCAUUUCCUUUACGAUUUUGCAAUACAAGAAUCGCCGUUUCCCUUUCUCUUCCACUUUCUCUUUCUAUUUCUAGGGUUUUCGUCAACAGACAUUUCUCCGUCACCCGAUCCAUUUUAAACGCCGCCGGUACUCGCAUUCUCGACAAUGCCCAUGCCACCGCCACCGUCGAAAUCCCUGUCACUUGUUACCAGCUUAUUGGAGUUGGUAAUGAAGCAGAGAAAGAUGAGAUAGUGAAGUCAGUGAUGCAAUUAAAAAGUGGUGAGGUUGAAGAAGGUUAUACAGUCGAUGCUGCUGUGGCUCGUCAGAAUCUUCUAAUGGAAGUGAGAGAUAAGCUUCUUUUUGAACCAGAAUAUGCUGGGAAUGUGAGAGAUAAAAUCCCUCCUAAAUCUUCUCUUCGAAUUCCGUGGCCUUGGUUGCCUGCUGCUCUUUCUCUACUUCAAGAGGCUGGAGAAGAGAAGAUAGUGCUGGAUAUUGGAAAAGAAGCUCUCCGUCAUCCUGAUUCUAAGCCAUUUGUUCAUGAUAUACUUCUAUCUAUGGCACUAGCAGAGUGUGCAAUUGCAAAGAUUGGUUUUGAGAAGAAUAAAGUCUCCCAUGGAUUCGAAGCCCUUGCUCGAGCUCAGUGUCUUCUUUGGAGUAAAAGCUCUCUUGGGAAGUUGGCAUUGCUAUCUGAGAUAGAAGAAUCUCUGGAGGAGCUUGCACCUGCUUGCACAUUGGAAUUAUUGGGGAUGCCUCAAUCUCCUGAAAAUGCUGAGCGGAGACAAGGAGCAAUUGCAGCCUUGCGUGAAUUGCUCAGACAAGGCCUUGAUGUGGAAACUUCAUGCAGAGUUCAGGAUUGGCCUUGCUUUUUGAGCCAAGCACUGCACAGGCUCAUGGCUGUAGAAAUAGUUGAUCUUUUUCCUUGGGAUGAUUUAGCUGUCAUGAGGAAGAAUAAGAAAUCACUUGAAUCACAAAACCAAAGGAUUGUUAUCGACUUCAACUGUUUUUAUGUGGCACUAAUAGCUCAUAUUGCUGUUGGCUUUUCAAGCAAGCAAACAGAGUUGAUCAACAAAGCAAAAAUUAUGUGUGAAUGUUUGAUGACAUCAGAAGGUAUGGAUCUAAAAUUUGAGGAAGCUUUCUGCUCGUUUCUCCUUGGCGAGGGUGACGAGGCCCAGGCUGUUGAAAAGCUUCAUCAGCUAGAAUUGAACUCCAAUCCUGCUUCAUGGAGUUUACUCCCAGGGAAGGAGAUAAAAGAUGGCUCUGGUGUAAAACCAUCAUUGGAAACAUGGCUGAAGGAUGCUGUGCUUGCUGUCUUUCCAGAUACCAGAGAUUGCUCCCCAGUGAUGGUGAAGUUCUUUGGUGAUGAAAAGAGAAGUCUGGGAAGCAAGAGAAGUAAAGUAUCUUCACAAACCUUUCCUGCGCUAGACAAGAGACCAUUGGCUGAUAUGGCUUUGAAACGAAUGGAUCAUGGGAAAUCUCUUUCGAAUAUGAACUCUACUCAACAUCUUGGAUCUGCUGUUAAGCAGUUGACUCCUACUGAUUCGCAAAGCUCACUGAUAUUGGGGAAGAAUGACAGUGGAGGCAAUGCUAGCGAACCAUCUGUUCAAUUGAAAAGGAAUCUUGGUGCACAUCAUAGUAGAGGUUGGCAAAGUUGGUUGACCAGUGUUGAUGUGGUUGGAAAGACAACUUCUUUUGCGGUACUGGCAUGUAUUGUGAUUUUAACCUUUAAGCUGUCUGGUAUGAAUUUAAGGAGGACAAGGAUUGCAUCUAAAUUGUCGUCCAGAAUGAACAGUUCCCUUGUAUGCACAACAGAUCUCUCUCCUAAUUGCAAUGCAGGGCCUGCGUACAUAAGGGGAAGUGGCAUUUCUGGAAGAAUAAAGAAUCUGCUCUCAAUUAUUAAAAUGCAGUUUCAGAAACGGUCAGGUCUUAAAAAAUUCAAGAGAGCAGGGCUUGCUGCUAAUUCGUCAUCUUGUAUGACAACAGUAUCUAGGAAGCAGAUGCCUGCUGAAGAAGCUGAAGGACUCGUUAAGCAAUGGCAAGCACUUAAAGCUGAAGCUCUGGGGCCCAGUCAUCAUGUAGAUAGCCUCUCUGAAGUUCUUGAUGAAUCGAUGCUAGCUCAGUGGCAAGCUUUGGGCAAUGCUGCAAAAGCCAGGCCUUGUUAUUGGAGAUUCGUUUUGCUACAGCUGUCUGUAUUGCAAGCUGACAUUCUACUAGAUGAUUAUGGUGUGGAAAUGGCAGAAAUUGAGGUUCUCCUUGAGGAAGCAGCUGAGCUUGUUGAUGAAUCUGAACAUAAGAAUCCAAACUAUUAUAGCAUCUACAAAAUUCAAUAUGUUCUUAAAAGGCAAGGCGACGGAUCAUGGAAAUUUUGUGGAAGUGACAUUCGGACGACAUUAUGACAAAGCCAAGCCAAGAUCUCGAGAGCACGACUCAACAAUGAUUUCUAAUGUCCUGCUAACAUAUUUUUUUCUUCUUUCCUUUCUUCAAUUUCCGUAUAUGGAUUUUUUACUAUUGUAAAUUAAUAGAGUUUUAGUGAUUGCUCACAUCUACUAGUGUGGUAGAUCAAACAGCAAAGGGAAUUCCAUUUGCUGCCUGCUAAGGAUAGGUAAGGAAAUUAAAUUGUUUCUGGUCCAUUAUUUUUUAAAAUAUCAAAGUUAGUUCAGAUAGCGUCCACAA